UUCCACGGCUGUACGGGGUCUGGGAAAAUACCGUAAAAAGACUUCCGCAUGACGAGGUGAUGAACUGAAGAAAACAAGAAAUAUGUCGGAAGAAACCAGCUCUAUCACCAAGUUGUGUGAAUUAAUGGAGAGUCUUAAAACUCAGAUUGAAAUCGUGGAUAAUGAACUGUGUUACAGUGAUCACCGAAACAAACCUGAUUUUCGAGAAAAAUUAUCAGCAAAAUCGGAUAAGAUAGAAUUGGUGAAAAGUAAUCUGGAUCGACUUCUCUUAAAAGUCACAGACGCAACUGUCAGGAGACCGAAAGGAAGAGAAUGUACCUCAACAAACGAUGAUAGUGCCUACCAUUCAACGUCUUCAGAGAGAAGACACGCUUUAUAUGUUGAAGAAAAUGAUUUGCCAGCCACGGCUCAACACUGCACGAAAUGCCUACAACAGAUCAAAUCAGCAGUGCAAGUAUCGGAACUACCCAUCAGAAUUUCAAAAGAAGAGAUGAUUCGUGAGAAUAAUGACAUCUAA